GAGAGGAAGAAUUGCUUUCUGCAACCCUACUAAGCCAUUCUUUUCUUCUUUUUGUUCCAAUUGAUCUUGUUUGUAUGUGUAUGAUCUGACGACUUGAUUGAUUUCUUCGAUGUGCACGCAUUCUUUCAGGAGCAAACGCACAUCCCAGAAAGCCAUAAACCUAAACCCAGCUGAACUUUCAAGUUCACGACUGAGGUAGCUAUGUCAUUGAGCCCUCCUCGUGUCCGUAACAAUGGCAGUCCGAGGACCAACCAGCUCUACUGGUGCUACCAUUGCCACGUUGGGGUCAGGAUUGCCUCCACCAACCCAUCCGAGAUCAUUUGCCCACGUUGUGCCGGGCAGUUCGUCUGUGAGAUUGACAUCGCCCGGCCAAGGCUCGUCGUCGAUUUCACCGAUUACGAUCCCUCCCCCGAAGCACGUCUACCCGAGGCCCCCGCUCUCAUGCUUGACCCGCCGAUAAGGCGCUUCAAUAAUACGGAAACUGAAUGUCGAAGCCGUCCUUGGUUCUGGCGGCGAAACCGUCGUUUAGUAGAGGAUCGUCGGGACCCAGAAGCGGAAAGCAUAACCAGUCCUCGAACUAGAAGGUGGCCGCGAUUUGACUGGAGAGAGACUCCGGGCCGCGAUCCUCGGACUUGGAUUGUUGUUAGACCUUUGAAUCCUUCUGACCCUUUAAGACCCACUUUCCAACCGCAACUUCCAGUACUUGCUGAUCUGGAAGUUGAUCCUAGAAAUCAUCUUUUCGGGUCAGGCCGGCUAAACGAAUUGAUCGAGCAAGUUACUCAAAACGAUAGGCCAGGGCCUUCUCCGGCGCCCGAAUCAGCAAUCAACGCGAUACCAACCGUGCAAAUCACGAAGGAUCAUUUGAUCAAUGACUCAAACUGCCCUGUCUGCAAGGAGGAGUUCGAGGUUGGUGGUGAAGCAAGGGAAUUGCCCUGCAAGCACAUAUACCACUCCGAUUGCAUUGUUCCUUGGCUGCAGCUUCACAAUUCCUGUCCCGUUUGCCGGAACGAGCUGCCGGUACCUGUUGAAGACAAUAUUAAUGACCGAGAAAGUAGCACUGAGUCUGAGGAUUCUCAUGCAGAAGGGGGUAGGAGACGCCGGCGGCGGUGCUUGAGGUGGAGACAGUUGGCCACUUUCUGGCCUUUCAAUGCGAGAUACCGCCGUACAAAUCAACAUGGCGACAAUGUCGAUUCUUCUCGAAGGGUUCGGUGGAAUUCUUGCUGCUCUAUUCUUUAGCACUUAAAAUUGUUGCUGCUAGUGCUGGAAGAAGUUUAAAUGGAC